AUGGGGAUGUUUGUCUUACAAGGCUGCAACUCGCCUUUGGGAAUUGGCCGAGCAACGGCUCACCAAUAUGCCCAGAACGGUGCACAUGCGAUAUAUCUCUGUGACGCACGAGAUGACUACUUGGAGACGCACAAAAAGGAACUCCACUCACUAUACCCCACGGUCAAUGUUCACUGUAAGCAAUUGGACGUCAGCGACGAGGCCGCGGUGAAGGAUGUUGUCGACGAAGUUAUCAAGGACUAUGGAAGACUAGACAUCAUAUUUGCCAACGCGGGUAUUGCCAGUCCUAGUGCGGCUGUCUCCAGCUCAUCUUCGAGGACGUUCGCGAGCAUUUCGGCGGACCAAUUCAUGCGAUUAAUGGCAGUCAACGCACUGGGAUUUUUUUUGUGUGCAAAGUAUGCUGCCCAGGCGAUGAUGCGGACGAGUCCACAGAAACCGAGCUCGAGUGGCAGUAUCAUUGGGACCGCAUCAAUCGCAGGGAUGAGAGCGAACGCUGGUUCUGUUAAUUAUUCGGCCAGUAAGGCGGCCGUCAUCUCUAUAACACAAACCAUGGCGUAUCAGUUGACAGGCACCCUGAUCCGCGUCAACGCCAUCUGCCCAGGGCUGAUCGAGACUAGCAUGACGCAAAAGUUAUUUGAGCAGGCACGAGAUUGUGGCUCUGAGCCGGCCAUUGCGCAGUUAAACCCUCUCCAGAGAGGAGCACUUCCUGACGAGGUCGCCCGUGUAGCCUUGUUCUUGGGCAGUGAUGAGGCUAGCUAUGUCAACGGCCAGUCCUGGGCGGUGUGCGGAGGUUACAGUGCUGGACACCCUUUUGCUCGAGAAAUUUGA